CACAGCUCCAGUGGACAUUGUGCUGGCACAAGGCGCUUUUGACGGGUGCAGCCAAGGAACCUGACACCUUUCAAUCUCCGCGUCUCACUCGAUUCCAAGUUAAUUAUCUUAUACGCGACUGAAACAGAACGCCAUGUUCGCCCAAAAGCCUUCCGGCACAUCGACCGGCCUAUCCAUCAACACCGGUUCCGCCAAUUCUUUAUUUGGCGCCAAUACACAGACCAGUACUUCAACUACGCCAGCAACUACCAGUACUUCGGGUGGUCUGUUCGGUAAUCUUGGAAACACUGCCGCUCAACCAAAGCCGGCAGGUGGGCUAUUCGGAAAUCUGGGUGGCACAACACAACAGUCCCAGCCUUCCGGCUCGAAUAUGUUUUCGGGCCUAGGUGGACAGCAGCAGAGCAAUACCACAUCCAGUGGAGGUCUAUUUGGGGGCGCUACGGCGACUAGCUCGCAGCCGCAGUCAGGCGGUCUUUUCUCGGGAGCCGGUACCACGACCAACAACACACAAGGCGGGAAUGCCGGCGGAGGGCUGUUCGGCAAUCUAGGGGGAACUACCACCACUCAAACGCAAUCAAAGCCGCUUUUUGGUGGCCUUGGAAGCUCUACCGCAGCGGGAGGGGGCCUGUUCGGUGGUGCCAAUCAAACUAGCGCGCAGCAGCAGCAGUCCCAGAAACCUACUCUAUCCUUGUUCGGAAACCAGGGCACUACCGUGCAACAGCCGACGCAACCCCCCGCUGCCACCGGGACAACAGUCAUCCCCGGAGUCAAGGUCGAUGUCAGCAAUAUCUUACCCACGACCAAAUACGAAAGCUGUGCGGAUGAGAUCAAAGCAGAGCUGGAAAGAUUUGAUAAUUUCGUCCUGAACCAGAUCAAGAUAUGCAACGAGGUUGCGAACAUGAUCCCCACCAUUGCCAGCCAGGGUGAGACGAUCCCAAAUGACGUUGAAUUUGUGCAGGGCAAGCUGGAAACCAUGCAGCAUGCACUUGAAAAUGAUGCUGGCGAUAUUGAUCAGCUCCGCAACCUUGUAUCUCGUGACGCAGCCGAGGCUCAAGUUGCAUUCCGCGCAAUCGACACCUUGAAAUUGCCUCUGCAGUACCAGUCUUCUGGUGGUGCUGGGUGGUGGUCUCAGGAUCAGAAGGUGUCAGAUGGACAAGCUUUAAGGUCAACGCGAAAAAACACUCUAGCUCUUCCAGACGAUGUUGAAAGCGAUCCGUCUACCGCCACGUCCGUUAACGGGGUACCUGUCAAUCUGGUCGAUUACUUUUCUCAACGCUCUGAGGAAAUGGGAGUUGUCCUGGAACGCUACACGCGGAACUUGAAGGAAAUUGAAGACCACCUUCACGGCGUCGAGUCCACUUUGGAACGACAGAUCCAUGAUUUUGUGACAUCUCGUAGUCGAGAUGGCCCAACCGCUGGAACGCCUAAGUCUAUCAUAAGUGAUCUUGCUACUGUUUUAGGUGACGUCGAGGCUGGUAUAUUAGGAGUUGCCAGUCGCCUUGGUGGAGUUACCGAGCAGGUGCAAGAGGUAGUCCUGGGCCCGCCUUCCGGGUCGUAAGUUUCUAGAAGUUUGAGCAUGGGCACCGGUCACUACUUGUGUAACAUAUGAAUGGAUUUGAAUAUCAUGAAGCAUACCUAAUUUCGCCAAUAUACC